AGCUGUUCCAAGACGAUCUGUUCCCACCCACACGCAUCACCUGGAGCGCCACGCUAAGCGCCGAGGACUGGUUUGCCAGCAACGAUAAGGCGGCACCCAAGGUCAGCUUGAAGCCGGAGGGCAUGGAGACAUUAUCUUCCAUACAGCAAGUGCCAGCGCAGCCUGUGAAGAAACCGGAUCAUCCCCAGUUCGGCGGUCAGAAGUCGGAAUUCGAGAUCAACAAACAGCAGGAGAUCCAGAAAUCGGUUAGCGCGCGCAUGGAGUUCACCACCAAGCUGGAGCAGGACGACAUGGAGGGCGUGGACGAGAACGAGUGGCAGGAGUAGCAGUGCAGCCAGCGUCUGCGGCGGACAUGAAUCAGUUCACAAUUUAGCGUUUAACCAAUGGGCGUAACUCUUUUUUUUACCAAUCUAGACAUGACAGCAGCAGAAGCAACAGCAAAAGUGCUCGACAUAAACAUAAACAACAUAUAUAUACUUGUGGGCGAGCGUAUAUAGAGAACUCGUAGUUAAGCCGAAAGUAAAACUAACACAACACACGACAUCCUCAUCCCUCGAUCCUCAUUCCUCGAUCCUCGUCAGAAUCCCAGCAUUUAGUUCCUCGCUCCUCCGCCAAUUUACUGCAGUUGCUCAAUAAUUGCCAAAUUACAAAUCAUAAGCCAGUUUUGUUCGUUUUGUUUGUGUUGUUUUUUUUUUAAAUCUAUAUAUUUUGUGUGUAUUAAUUUUUUUUAUAAUUUACCCAUACAUAUAUUUUGUGUUUUUUAUGUGUGCUAUUUAAGUAGUUAGUCCAAAAUUAGUUUAGCCUACUUAGGUGUUUACACUUACGAUUAAUUUCCUGGGUUCUCCCCGAGUCCUUCAGUUUGUGUGGCCAUAUAUGUAUAGGAUAUAUGGAAGGACUUAGAUGAUACUACUUUUACAUAUACGCAUAUGUAUUUCCCUCUCAGUUUGUUUCAUGUCUGCAUGCAUGCGAGUGAGUGAGUGAGAGAGCGAGAGAGUGUGUGUCUGUCCCCCUCUUUCGCAUUAUUUCACCCCCUGUAAUCCUGUAAUCCCAGACACCUUUUCAUUCCCCCAUCCAAGACAAGAAACUAAAACAUAUAGACUGUAGCCAAAAAAUAUUUGCUGAGAAUUACAAUCAAGCGAGACAAGACAAUUUUUGUACUGUAUAAUGCGUAAAUCAAACAUACUGCAACAGCCGAAUCAAACCGAAAAGACAUGCAAACAACAAUUCCAAAAUGUAUAACGAAAAGACUUGAACAGAUCUGAAUGGAUCUCCAUCCUCUGAAUAUCCUGCACCCCCGAAAAAAUCCCCUACUAACCCGAAAAAGGAAAGUAAUAAGUUGCCAUUGAAAUGCGUUUAUAAAAAAGUGAAAAAUGAAAAAAGGCAAUAGAACGUAACUCGAGUAGCAUACCCAUAGGCAAUAACGUUUUGUACUUGCAAUAGAAUAUACACAUUUACACAUAUAUAUACACGAUAUAUAUAUAG